AUGCCGAGAGCCGGUAUCCUCUCCAUCAAAGUGCACCGCCUAGAAGCUGCAUCCGAAGAGAACCACAGUAUUGCCAAGCCGCACGCGGUGCGCUUUGCAGCGGAAAGUUCCAGCUGCAUGUCCAAGUUCUCAAAGCUGGACACAGCAAUCGAGGAGUUGUUGCGGCUGUCCAUUGCCGAGGCCACCCCCGACGCUAAACUCACGAUGACGAUCGUGCAGAAGACGAAGAAGAAGAAAAAGAUGCUCGUGACGACGGCGCAGCGGCUUUCCGAGUUCUUGCAGACGGAUCUAGAACGGAGAAUGACCUUCACCUUCGGUCCCACAGCAGCGCCCAGGACCAUGAUCCUCUACUUCUGCGUGAACUGGGAGCCUCAAGACACGGCGCUGGUCGUAGUGGAAGCUCAUCGCCCCUGGUUUAUGCGUGCAUUGUACUACUACGACACUUCCAAGCGCGUGUAUGGCUACACGACGAGCUUCGGCCUCAUCGCCCCAUUCGCUCGGUUUGGUGAGCAAACGGCUAACUCAGUACUUACUACAGUGAGCGGGAAGACGCUCGAGGACAUUGAUACGGCGUGGGUGAACCCCAGUCUAGAGACCCUCGAUGACCUGGUGGACGCUGGUGUCUCUACGGUCCUUACGAGACUUUAUAGCGGCCAACAAUAUGCCUUGAAGACAAAGGACGAGGCUCUAGAAGCAGCUUCGAACGUGGCAAUGAAGACAAGCGAGACAGUGGGCAAGGUCAAGGACUUUGCGACGGACAAGGUCGUGUCCGUCUCAUUGUCCACGUACGGCAUGGUGAAGGGCUUCACCGUCUCGGUUUUGAGUCGCGUGCCUGUGCUCGGCUCGAGACUUGCGACGUAA